UGCUUUGUUGUUCUUAAAAAAAAAAUACUCCCUCCAUUUUAUUAUAUUUAUUUUUAAGAUUAUAACAUACGUACUAAGAAAUAUAAUAAAAAUGUAAAAAUAUGAUAUAUUUAAUUAUAUUAAAUUAAUAUCUAAAAUUGUUUAUAAUAUUAGAUAUAUAUAGUAAAUUACUCUAACUGCGAUGGUAAAUUAGCAACAUGCCAAAUCGUUCGCCUGAGGGUUGAGACAAAGGACGAUUAAUUGAAAAAUCCCCAAAUCCCACCCAGCGCCGAGCGGAUAUUCUCCCUUAUAUAAUGAGAGGAGGAGCAGAAAAUCUGAAAGUCUAGAAGCCUUCUUUCUCGUCUGUUUUAGCUGUGGAUGUAGCGGAGGCCAAUGUCUCGUCGAGAGGGUCGCGACUCCGCCCGACGGAGUUCUAGAUUUGAUCGAGAACCAAGUCCGAAGAGGUUCAGGAGGGAUGGAUUGCAAGAGAGAGAAAGAAGCAGAGUAACCAGUAGUGCUGAUUUAAACAAUGUAGAUCGCAAUGGCAAGGUUCACAAACACCAGCACCGGCUGAAUGAUGUGGUGCCACAUGAGGCCUCUUUAACUCAUGAUCCUGAGAAAGAAGCUGAGGCUGUGAAAAAGGAUUCAGACAAGAAACCAAAUGAACAUUAUGAAACGUCCAAACAUUUAUCUGAUCCUACUGAUCUACCAAGAUCUCGCUCUUAUUUUCAGCAUGAUGAGCGAGGUAGUGCCAGGCAGGUUGGUCGAAGGGCAACUGGUGAGCAUGGAUGGUGGAAGGACUCAAGGGAUCACCAUAAUGAGAGGGCAGAGAAAUAUCACGGACGAAGUAGAGAUCAAAGAAAUGAAAAAUCAGUAGCUAAACCGGAUGAUAAUACUUCACAGAGAAAAGAUGGCUCUUCUCAAAGGAAAGAUGACCCUCUUCCAACCACCAAGAAAAGACCUGCAUUUAGGGAGAAGAAGAUUCCAGCAGAUCUAGGAGAUGCUAAUCCAGCUGCAACUGAGGAUUUAAAGUCAAGCCAAACAUACUACCUACCAGAAAGGAAUGAAAGGAGGGAUGACAGAAGCAGCAACUUCCGCCAUCUAGAUAGAACUGAGAAGCAAUUGGCGGUAGACAGUGCACCCAACAAGGGUGAAGCUAGGAGGGAUGACUUCUCAUUGAGAGGAAGGUACCAGGGCGGUGGCGGUGGCGGCAAUUAUAGGGGAAGAGAUAGAUUCAAUGGAAGACAAGGUUAUCAUUCUAGCAAGCCUCGAAUUGAGAAGUGGAAGCAUGAUUUGUAUCAAGAGAUUGACCAGGAUCCUAUUCCAAAAAACGAGGAUGACCAAAUUUCAAAGCUGGAAGCACUCUUGGCUUCAUAGGAUCAGAUUGGUAUCAGCAAUUUUGUUUUUACCUGUGUUUUCAGUUAUCAGCAUUUCAACUUUUGGCACGUUGAGGACAGAUUCCAUGGAUGAGUUGCUAUAGAUUUGCAUCUGUUCAUGUUAUGAUAUGUGCCGCACUUUGAUUCAACUGGUGAUUUUGGUCAUUGUGAUAUCAAGUUAUGAAAGACAGUAGAAGUUAACCACCUUGUAGAGUGCCGGGACCUUUCGGUUUCUUGAGAUUGAUAGGAUUCAAUCCCCUGAUGACUUGGGUCGGGAGAAGCAAUGCUGGAAUCUGCAUUUGCAGUGCAUGUUUUGUCGUAGUGUGAUGAAUUGCAUAAACUCUUAGCCUAUUGCAGUGCGCAUCUUCAACAGAUAAUUCUCUAGCUUCUUCAUAUGUUUUGUUAGUUCAUUAUCACUUUCCACCCGGGUUUUACAUCUUGAAGUCUGUAUGACCCAUAAUAUUUUAGUGUUGUAGGCCAUUACAGGUGCGAUGCCAAUGAAGUUUUUAUGUAUGUCAAA